AAUAUUCUUUAGCGGGAAAGCGGAGGAGGUUACAGAUCUGAAAAACACAGUUAAGUUGUUUGCUCCAAGGUGAGGAGGCAUAUGUCAGAAGUGGAGUUCCUUGAAUUUUUGUGUACAGUGGGUGAAUCAGUGGAGAAGACUGACAAAUGAAGCUGAAGAGCAGUUCGAAUACCAUACAAAAAUGGGAGAUAACUCUGAGAUAGAGGAAGCCCUCUCAGACACCGAAGAGAUGGAGGACAUAGAGUAUGAUUCUGAUGCGACUGUUAUGUCAGAAGACAUUUUCGAUGAUAAUGAUAAUGGCAACAGCAGAAAUGGUAAUAAUCACCAGGGAGUUCCUGGUAGUGAAGAUAGAGAUCCCGGGGAAAGGAAUAUCAACAUAUCCGAUGAAGAUGACAGCAGAGGAGAAAAUGUUGAAACUAUACAGAUUGAUCCUGAUCCUGGAAGCCCCAUUAUUGGAAGUCAGAGACAGACGGGAAGGAUGAGGAGAGAACCUUCAGUUGAAAUCAUGGAGGAUUCUGAUGAGGAGCCAGUGAGAAUAAACAGGCAAGUCACCUCUGAGAGUGAUGCUCAACUUUUGGAGGAAGAGACCAGACAGGAAGCCGAGCCGGAACAGGGAGUUGAAAUUGAGCAAGCACCUGAGACAGCACCUGAGACAGCACCAGAGACAGAGACAGAGGCAGCACAGCCAUCAGGGACAUCACAAGCGCCAGAGACAGCACGAGCACCAGAGACAGAGACAGCACAAACACCUGAAGGAGGACAGAUAGCAGAGUCAGGGCAGGCACAAGAUGCUGAGCAGGUGGUUGCGGUGGCACAGACUGACCCCAGGCCAGGGCCUUCUUGUGAAGUCACUCCAAAGAAACAAUCCACAGGUCCUCCACCAGUCCCAGCUUCACCAGAGUCUGAUGACGAGGGUCAGAUCUGCUCUAUAUGCUUUGAACCGUGGGCAAAUUCUGGGAACCAUCGUUUGGCUUCCCUAAAGUGUGGCCAUAUGUUUGGGUUUUCAUGUAUUGAGCAUUGGCUGAAAGGCCAAGGUAACAAGUGUCCCCAGUGUAAUGCUAAAGCCAGAAAAGCGGACAUCAGAGUACUCUAUGCAAAAUCACUCAAAGUUUUAGACACUUCUGAAAAAGACAGAGUUGUAAAGGAACUGGAGAAAGAAAGAGAAUCCAAGAGGAAAUUAGAAUUGGAACAUGCCCAGAUAAAGCUGAAAUAUGAGCUUAAAGCCCAGUUAGUUGUCAAACUUCAAGAAGAAUUAAGAAUGAUGAAAAAUACAGUUGCAGGAAGCAGCAUAAGUAGUUCACAAAGCUUUGGCCUGUCUCAGACUGGCAGGAAUGGGAGCCAGAAAAAAUUUAAACUCGUGAUGCAUUCUGUUCUAGAAAUGAUCAAAGAUGGUGGGUGCCGGGUUAUGGCCUAUAAUGAAUGGCUUUGUAUGUUGGUUGUAUCUUUACCUAGUCAAGUUGCAAUGUUUCCUGGGUGUGGUGUAAAAAAGAUAAAUAUACUAGACAUGAAAUCAGAAAGAUAUGUGCCCAUUCAUCAAAAACAAAUCAGAGAUCUGGCUUUCAACCCUGCCAAAAACGAUUUGCUCUUAUCUGUAGCUAUGGAUAAACUCGUGAAAAUAACAAAUAUCUGCAACAAUACAACAGUGGGAUCAUACACUGCCGAUGCACCAUUGUGGAGUUGUUGUUGGAAUGCAGAUAAUGUUAACCAGUUCUUUGUGGGCACUGCAACAGGGUCUGUGCUACAUUAUGACACAUGUAACACAAGUGGACCAAAGAGUGUCACCAAGAUCUCGGGGUCAGGACCAGUGGUAUCCAUGUGUUACAUACCCUACAAAGCAAGUGCAAAUUUCAACUCGGGAGGACUCCUAGUAGCACGUUUGCAGUCAGUGUCAUUUGUAGAAUUUAAGGAUGACAGAGUUAUAGACCAUGUAUUACCAUUUGAGGGACCAUUUACCUCCGUUUCCUUUGAAAAUCGAAACCGGCACAUACUGAUUUCAUGUAGACCAAGUCAACGAUAUCCCCAUGCCAGACAUUUGGUGUGUGAGCUACAGUGUGUUGAUAUUAACAAUGAUGAUCCAUCAAGGACUAGAGUGGUCACAGGAAAUAUCAUCCACACUUUUAAAGGAGGAACUACUCAAAAGCUCUUGACUCGCUCAGUCAUCUUGAGUAAUCCAAUUGAUAACAGUAGUGUCCUAGUCUGUGCUAAUGAUGAAUCAACACAGAGUACAUGUAUAUGGGAUCUUUCUUCUUUAUCCUGCAUACAACAGCUUAAGGGUACAGAAAAUGUGAUCGAUAUUCAAGCAGUAACAAGUAACCAAAAUUCAUAUUUGGCAUUAUUAACUGACAAAUCUGUCAGGUUUUAUAAGUGGGUGGAUAUAUUAUAAAAUGAUGGUCUUCCAGUGUCCUUGCCUGUGCUAUUUAUAGAGUCAUUUUAACAAAUUGAACAUAUUGAUAUUAUUUUCAACUUUUGUCUAAUACAAAGAUGAUUUACGGCCAUGUGAUUUAAGGCUUGUGUGAUGUAUUUCAAGAAAAUGAGAACAGCAUGAGCUUUCUUGCAAGACUUGCUACUAGAAAAGGAAAGAUGGUAUACAUAAAUAGGCAGGGUUAAGUAAUUGAAAACUGCCUAAAUAAGGGCACAUCGAUUACCUUCAUGUUAUUGGCAUCCAUUGAUGUACUGUACAUAUGUGUAUUAUAUUUUUUACACAGCAUAUUCCAAAUAUUUAAGGUACCCAGCAAGUCAUACAGUGGAAAAAGCUGUGUGUUAUGGGUAGCAUUUUCUUGCUAAUGUGUCCUUACUGCUCAUAUAUAUGUAUGUUUAUGUAUUCAUAGAAAAUAUUGUACAAAAUAUGUUUAGAAUCCUUUACUUUUGUAUUGCAUUUUUAAAAUAAUAAAAAUUACUGUAUUGAAGGUUUUUUAGGGUUGA